UCAGGUUCGCGUGCGCUCAGUGCGGGGACGACUUAGAAUAUGUUCCCAAAGACUUGGUGAGACACUUUGAGGAGAAGCACAGAGGGAGCCCACCCGUGUUUUCCUGUCGCGCAUGUGCUUUCAGCACGCACGAGUUCUCCUACCUUCAGGUUCACCUGCUGAGUCACAAGGACACUUUUUCCAGCUGCGGCAUUUGUCACGACGACGUCCAACGCACGUGGCCGGAGCUCAGCGCCCACCUGACAGCACGUCACUGCCAAAACGGCAAAUAUUCGUGCGAAGCGUGUCCAAAAUUCUCCACAGGUGACGUCGGAGUGUUUUUAGAGCACACGUAUGCGCAUCAUCUGGGCCUGGAGGGAGCUAAGGGUCUGUCGCCGCACACGAGGGGCAAGAAUAAGUUUGGGCCGAAAGAGACCGCUCCGGCGUUACGCUGUCAGCACUGUGGCUAUGAGGCGUCUCAGAAAUGGUUGAUCGCUAAGCACGUUAAAGCUGUCCAUGUUUGCCAGAAUGGUAAUCAGAGGAAGAAGAAGAAGAAGGAAGAGGAGGAGGACGAGGAGGAGGAGGAGGAGGUUUGCUCCUUGGCAAUGAAACCAAAUGACCCGAUACCAAAAGUGAAGCCCAGAUUAACGAGAAGUGCAGUGAGGGAGAUGUGCUGGCUGACACAGGACUGCCUCUCUCUGCCAGGGAGAGAGUUCCUGGAUAAGUACUGCCAUCUGUCAGACCCGCAAACGACACUGGAGGAGACUCAGCAGUUUCUGAUGAAAUCUGUCGCCGGGGAAACCGGCGACCAGAAGUGGACCAAGGCCCUGAAGUCCGUUCUGUCGAAUGUCCCUCAAGAUAUGAAUGUCCACCCGAAGUCGGAGAACGGCAUCGUGUCGAACUCGACGGACCUCACCGUCCUCACCGUCAAGAACAAGAUAACUGUGGCUCAGAACGGCGGCGCGUACGCCAAGAGGUUGAAAGUGAUGACGUCGUCAGACAAGGAAACUGCUUCCCUUGAAAGCGUCCCUGACGAUGCCCGUCGCGUCGUCGACCAAAAUGGAUGUAAGCCAAAUUCGAGCGAUCACGCGCCUUGUCCACAGGCUGAAACCAAACCGAAUAACGACGUCUCGCUGCCAGCACAGAGCGAGCCGUCUGAGGGCACUCGAAUGCAGGAAAACCGAGAGAGUCGGGAACUAAAGAGUGACCAGGAAAUGGAGGAUCGUGGUAAAAAACCUGGGGAUGCGGUGUACAAGGAUGGGAUCAGUAUCUCCAGUGGGCUGAAGCUGAAAGUCACACCAAAAAAUAAGAAACGAAGACGGAAAAGACGGGCGAGAUCUAAACGGGUCAGGAAAAGAUCACCAAGACUGGCCUUGAAGAUAGUGCUGAAGAAGAACCUGGUGAAGGAGAAGCAGUGGGUGUCGCAAAGCUCUUUGUCUCCUUCAGGAGGCGGUGCGGCGGCGGCGGCGGACUGUCCCGGACCACCGAGCCCUCGCACAACAUCAGAGGAGACGGCACAGGUUCUCCAGAACGCGCCGCUAGUCGAAGCGCACCAGAAGGAACGGACCAAAGCUCCCUGUGCUGACCUGGACGACCCCUCUGAAGCCGUCGCGUACGGUCCACAGUCUAAGCCGGGGGAAGAGCUGACCCCCGGUCGCACUGCACAGCCGCCGGGGUCGAACAAUGAGGACGGUGACGUGCUCCAAAGCUUGCCGUCGCCGCGUCGAGAAGCGCGAGGCGACGCAGAGCAGUCGCCGCAGCGGUCGGGGUCAGAGGUCGACGAGAGCCGUUCAGCUCGGGAGACGGGCCGGUCGGAUUCCACAGAAGUAGAGACGUGGCCCGAGGACGCACCGCUCCAAGCAUCGGGCAGCGGCACGGACCACCGGGUAUCAGACGACGAGACGAGCUCAGUGACUCCUCACAGCGGUUCCACCAAGUCCUCCCCUGUUUCCAUAUCUGUUAUUACAGCACAGGGAAAGGUGAACUCUGAAGACGUAAUCCUCGUUCUCCCUGCAGAGCACGGUGAACGGAGUGUCGAGGGGGCCAGAGCCGGAGAAGAGCCUGCCGACUCCUACCCAGAUCUCCUCGGCGACAUCCACCAGGGGCCCUCGCACCAUCGGUGGCAGCCGCUCCCCAAGCACCUGGAGAGGACCCUGAAGUUAGUCGCCAUAACUCCAUCUCAGCGGGUGAAGCGUCCGGCGGGAGACCAGCCCGUCGUGGUGCUGAAUCACCCGGACGCCGACAUCUCCGAGGUCGCCAGGAUCAUGGAGGUCAUCAACCGGUACAGAGGGGAGGUGCAGAAGGUGGUGCUGUCGCGGCGGACCGCCGACGCUCUCUCUGCCUCGAGCGGCGAGGCGGACGCCCGGGUGGGUUCCGCGGGGAGCGCCAACAGCUCUGUGCAGGAGAGGUUCCUGCUGAAAAUGAGGCUGCGCAGGCUGAGCAGGAAGAAGUACGAAGUGGUCGAAGCGGGCUCCCCCAGCGGGGACGCGGCGGCGGCGGCAUCGUUCCGCUGCUGGUUCUGCGGCAGAAUGUUCGCAUGUCGGGAAGCGUGGACGGCCCAUCGGCAGCGACAUCUGAUCGAGUGGAAAAAGCCAAACUGUGAAAAGUCUUAAAAUGUCGCGCACACUGGAUAAAAAGCAAAGACACGACUGGAAAAUGACUUUUGCAAUAUGACAAAAGAAUAAUUGAAACCUUUUUUCUUUUCUUUUCUUUUUUAAGUCUUAAAUCUGAUUUGUUGUUUUGAGGAGAAUCAGAUCUUAAUCCCGCCUCCUGGAGGGUUCAUUCUCAGGGUAAACAUUUCCCUAUCGUCUCUCUACAAACUCUCUGUACAUUAGUGAUUAUCUGUAAAGUCACGAGGGUGCGGUGUCGAUGAUUUAGUUCUUUUGUAUCGUUUGUAUUUUGUCUACGCAAUAGCUUUAUCUAAGGUGAUUUAAGUACACUGUCAUAUGGAAUAUUUUAUACAACACUGUAAUAUGUAUAUUUGUCAUACCAACUUUAUGAAUCAGUUUAUGUACGGGUAGGCUUUGUUUUGGAACGGGACGCAGAGACCCGCAGAGUUACUCAGAUAUACCAAAACUGUUUGUUUCAGAAAAAACAAACUAAAGACAAUAAGCUGUUUUAUUCAACAUUUAUUUAUGACUCUUAGGUUUAGCCUUUUAUAUGCUUUUUUCUUUGCUUUUUUGUCUCUUUAGGCCAUUGGAAGAAUCAGUGUAUCUGUAAAAGAAUGUUUGUAUAAACUCCAAAUUAUGUUCAAAUAGUAGUAUUAUCUGUAAGAUGUAUAUUUUAUCAAGCAGAUGUCCCCGAAGACACGAUUAAUUUAAAAAGAAAAAAGCAAACCUGUGUUUUUUUGAUGUCAAAGAAAUGCUGGCAGAGUCGCUUUAAAUCUGAAUCUGAGAGGCCGGGGUUGUUUUCAUCAAUUUUCUUCAAUGUUUCCUCUUUUGACUUGAAAUGAUAACGUUAUCUUUUAAUUGCACUAUGAAAGGAGGGUUAAUAUUUCCCAUUACCUCACCUUUAUCAGGCCUAAGCUUUUGACAAUCUCAAACCAGUGUCCUACUGUGGCUCAACGUUUCCUUAUGCAGCCGGGAUCCCUUCAGUAUUCCCAGCAAGGUGUGUGUGUGUGUGUGUGUGUGUGUGUGUGUGUGUGUGUGUGUGUGUGUGUGUGUGUGUGUGUGUG